UUUGACCGCACAAGCCCACCCAGAAACCUAAACCAUCAUGGCCGACCAGAAAGGUAAAGCUAGCUCUGAAGGAGAAUAUGCCAAGAGGAUAGAUCCUGCCAAGGAGAAUCUAACACGAGAGCAGCUGCAGUUCGUCCGGCAAGCCGAGCUUGCUCAGUGGAGGAAGAAAAGCCAAAAACUCCGCUCACGAAAUGUUAUAACCGGCCUCACCAUUGGAGCCCUGGUGCUGGGCAUAUAUGGAUAUACGUUCUACUCAGUGUCUCAAGAGAGGAUCAUGGAUGAAAUCGACGAAGAAGCGAAGAUGGCUGCCAGAAUGCGAGCCCCAAAGACUGGAGCGAACUAAAUAAUAAAAGGAGCCAUGGAUGCCAAGAGAUGUUCUGCACUGUACUUUCCAUUAAUGAAAGGCCACUGUGGGUUUUUUUUUGGGGGGGGCCUGUUUGCCUUGUCUAGAAAUGUGUAAUAUUCAGAUGUCACACAAAAAGCUGAAUUUUUGAUGUUCUUUUAUAUUAAAAUGUACACUAUUAUCCGAAA